AUGUCGAGUUUCGCAAUUCCUGUCUCGUCGUCCAUCGGCGGAAUUGACUUUGGAGUCAUGUCCGAUGAGGAGAUCAAGGCGGUUUCGGUCAAGCGAAUCUACAACACACCCAGCUUGGACUCGUUCAAUAACCCAGUACCAGGCGGUCUAUACGAUGCUGCUCUCGGCGCAUGGGGUGAUCAUAUAUGUUCAACAUGUCGCCAGAACUCUUGGUCCUGCGCCGGGCACUCUGGUCAUAUCGAAUUACCCGUCCACGUCUACAAUGUUACAUUCUUUGACCAGCUAUACCGACUACUUAGAUCUCAGUGUAUAUACUGUCACCGGUUCAGGAUGUCACGCGCGCAAGUUAAUAACUAUUCCUGCAAAUUACGUCUGCUACAGUAUGGUUUAAUUGAAGAGGCGCAUACCGUUGGGAACAUGGAAUUGCGGAAAGGUGCCCGAGGAAAGGAUGACUCGAGUGAUGAUGAUAGCGACGACGAGGAUGACGUCGAUUUGAUACAUCGAAGGAACAAUUAUGUCAAGCGUUGCAUUGCGAGCCUCCCUGUUCAGAAGAGGAGUAGAAGCCAUAUGGAAAUCGUUAAGGACCCCACCGCAGCGGAAAUGCGGCGGAACUUGGUACGGGAUUUCUUGAAGGAGGCGUGUGCUGUCAAAAAGUGCACAUCUUGCUCAGGAAUUUCUCCAGCUUAUCGUCGGGAUAAGUACUCUAAAAUUUUCCGAAAAUCCCUUCCCCAGAAGGCCAGAAUUGCCAUGAUGGAGGCUGGGUUCCAGGUACCUAACCCUCUUGUUUUGAUGGAAGAGGCGAACAGGCUGUCUCAAAGACAAAAGGAAGGGAAAAAGCCUGCAAAGCUGGCAGAACCGCUUGACAGUGACAACCAGAUCAAUGCAGAGCAGCAAAUCUCGGUAGGCAAUGUGAUGUUAAUGGACGUCGAAGAGGCUGCAGUGACUCAAGUAGGCGAUUCUGACUCUCAGCAAUAUGUGCCUUCUUCGGAAAUUCAUGCUUCCCUUCACUUCCUUUUCAACAAAGAACAAGAAAUUCUCGAUUUGAUAUAUGACUCCCGGCCGUUUGUCAAGAAACGCUCCCAUAUCAGUCCCAACAUGUUUUUCAUCAAAAAUAUUCUCGUGCCGCCGAACAAGUUUCGGCCAGCAGCACAGCAAGGCCCAAAUGAGAUUAUGGAGGCCCAGCAAAACACUUCUUUUGGCAGGAUCAUCAAGCUAUGCGACCAAAUCAAUCAAAUCAGCAGAGAAAGGCAGGGUGAUUCGACAGGCACUUCGAGAAGGAUUCGUGACUAUCGUGAUCUGCUUCAAGCAAUUGUCAAUCUGCAAGAUGCCGUAAAUAGUCUUAUCGACAGGGAUAGAAAUCCCUCUCAGGGGGCAGGCGCUCAGAACGAAGAUGGUAUAAAACAACGGCUGGAAAAGAAAGAUGGUCUCUUUCGAAAAAAUAUGAUGGGAAAACGAGUCAAUUUUGCUGCUAGAAGUGUCAUUUCCCCAGAUCCAAACAUUGAAACGAACGAAAUCGGAAUCCCUCUUGUAUUUGCGAAGAAAUUAACAUACCCCGAACCGGUGACGAACCAUAACUACUGGGAGCUUAAACAGGCUGUUAUCAAUGGCCCGGAUGUAUACCCCGGUGCAGCUGCCGUUGAAAACGAGCUUGGACAGGUAGUCAGCUUGAAAUUCAAGACUGUGGACGAAAGAAUAGCAAUUGCCAACUUGCUUCUCUCACCAUCGAAUUGGAAGCUUAAGCGAUCACGCAACAAGCGAGUGUAUCGCCAUCUUACGACAGGAGAUGUGGUUCUGAUGAAUCGGCAGCCAACACUUCAUAAACCGUCUAUCAUGGGUCAUCGUGCAAGAGUCCUGACUGGCGAGAGAACAAUUCGCAUGCACUAUGCGAACUGUAAUACAUACAACGCCGAUUUCGAUGGUGACGAAAUGAACAUGCAUUUCCCACAGAACGAGAUUGCCCGUGCGGAAGCCAUGCAGCUGGCAGAUACCGACCAUCAAUAUCUCGUUGCCACAUCUGGAAAGCCGCUUCGUGGUUUAAUUCAGGACCAUUUAUCUAUGGGAGUAUGGCUCACCUGCAGAGACAGCUUCUUCGACGAGAGUGACUACCAUCAACUGCUCUACAGCUGUCUACGACCUGAAAAUUCGCAUACCGUAUCUGACAAAAUAUGGCUCAUGCCUCCCGCUAUCUUUAAACCUCAACCCCUCUGGACUGGAAAGCAGAUAAUAAGUACAGUUUUGAAGAACAUCACUCCAGAUAACCGGGCUGGCCUCAACUUGGACAGCAAAUCGUCCACCCCUGGAGACCGCUGGGGUGACAAAGCCGAGGCUGAAGUUACUUUCAGGGAUGGAGAGCUGAUAUCGGGGAUUCUCGAUAAAAGUCAACUCGGGCCUACUGUUGGCGGCCUUAUCCAUUCUAUUCAUGAGGUCUAUGGUCACAUUGUUGCUGGCAAAUUAAUCGGUAUCCUGGGACGUCUUUUGACUAAGGUCCUACACAUGCGUGCAUUCACCUGUGGCAUGGACGAUCUUCGACUGACUGAAGAAGGAAAUGCCAAACGAAAGGAGUUAAUCCAACGAGCGGAAGGCCUUGGUAACGAAAUAUCCCUAAAAUAUGUCACUUUGGAUGAGAACAAGGUCGAGAACGAGGAAGUUGAGCUGAAACGUCGUCUCGAGGAAGUUCUACGUGAUGAUGACAAGCAUGCCGGACUUGAUGCGAUGUACAAAUCGCGUGCGGGUGAACUUUCAUCUGAAAUAACCAAGGCUUGCUUGCCCAGUGGCCUCGAAAAGCCGUUCCCUUUGAAUAACAUGCAGACCAUGACUGUUUCGGGAGCCAAGGGUUCCAUGGUUAACGCCAACCUAAUUUCUUGCAACCUAGGCCAGCAAGUCUUGGAAGGUCGCCGAGUUCCUGUCAUGAUAAGCGGGAAGACCCUUCCGUCAUUCCAACCAUUCGAGACUAAAAUUGGGGCUGGUGGAUAUGUGUUCGGUCGUUUCUUAACUGGAAUCAAACCGCACGAGUAUUAUUUCCAUGCCAUGGCUGGUAGAGAAGGCCUUAUCGAUACUGCUGUCAAGACCUCACGAUCAGGCUACCUCCAGCGUUGUUUAAUCAAGGGAAUGGAAGGCUUGAAGGCGGAAUAUGACACCUCAGUACGUGACACCUCUGACGGGUCUAUUGUACAGUUUUUGUAUGGAGAAGAUGGACUCGAUAUUACGAAACAGAAGCACUUGGACAGUUUCACCUUUUUGGCACAAAAUUACAUGUCAAUAGUGUCUCAGGUCAACGGGGUGAACGAUUCGAGCAAGGUACACAAUGAGGAAGCAAGUAAUUGGACAAAGGCUGCCAUGAAGAAGAUUAAAAAGACAGGGAAAAUUGAAGCUAAAGACCCUGCAUUGGCUCAUUUCCCCCCUGGUGCCAAUUAUGGCAGCACCUCCGAGAAGUUUUCUUCUGCCCUCAAAAAGUAUCUUAAAUCCAACCCCGACAACCUACUCAAGGACAAAAGCACAGGUGAGGGUGAAAUCACUAAGAAGGCUUUUACCACUAUGAUGAACAUGAAGUAUAUGAAAUCUGUCAUUGACCCUGGUGAGGCCAUUGGUAUCGUUGCUGGCCAGUCCGUUGGUGAGCCAUCGACCCAGAUGACUCUAAAUACUUUCCAUUUGGCUGGUCACGCCGCCAAAAACGUCACACUCGGUAUUCCUAGACUUAGGGAAAUCGUAAUGACGGCCAGCAACCAUAUAAUGACACCAACCAUGACCUUGAAACUGAAUAAGCAAACGGACGAGGAGACUGCGAGACUCUUUGCUAAAACCAUCACCAAGUUGACCCUCGCUGAAGUCGUUGAUAAACUAAAAGUUAGAGAACGUGUCACAUCUCAAGGGAGUGCGAAGGCUAAGGUCUAUGAUAUUCAAAUCGACCUUUUCCCAUCUGAAGCGUAUUGUGCCGAGUACGCUAUUCAAGUGAAUGAUGUUCUCCGAACGCUCGAGGAGAAGUUUAUACCCCGUCUUGUCAAGCUUACUGAGGCUGAAUUGAAGAAGAGAACCUCUGAGAAGUCCUUGUCUAGCCCUUCCGCUGCCCAGCCAGAGAUUGGAGCUUCUGUUGGUGUCAUAGAAGAAGCUAGGCGUGAAGGAGGAGAUGAUGAUGACGAUGAUGACGAAGAUUUGGAUGAUGCCAAGCGUGCUAGCUCGUCACGGAACAAUGCUGGUCAAGCUUCGUAUGAAGCCCCUGACGAAGGAGAGCAAGAGAUCAUUCGAAGACAGGACACACCUGAACCCGAAUCUGAUGAUGAGGGCACUGAUGAUAAGCCAAAGGCCGCACCAGUGGAUAACAGUGACAGUGAUACUGAUAUGGAAGAUUCCGGUACCUUUAAAGCUAAGAAAUUGGCCAACAAAGAUCGGGCGGAGGCUCUCAGGGGCAAGUAUCCUUCCCUCACACAGUUUAGAUUUAACCCAGACGACGGAAGCCUGUGUACCAUUCAAUUGCAAUACGACAUCUCUACACCAAAGCUUUUGCUUCUUCCCUUGGUCGAAAACGCAGCUCGCACUUCCGUCAUACAGUUCAUCCCUGGACUUGGAAGUUGUGCGUAUAUACCGGCUGACAAGGGUGAGCCCGAACAUGUUAUAACGGAAGGUGUUAAUUUGCUGGCAAUGCGUGAUUAUCAGGAUAUCAUUAACCCGCACUCCAUAUAUUCCAACUCUGUGUCUCACAUGCUUAGCCUAUAUGGUGUUGAGGCAGCCAGAGCCACCAUAGUCAGCGAAGUUGGAGCUGUUUUCGAAGGCCACGGUAUCAAGGUUGAUAAUCGACAUCUCACCCUCAUUGCUGAUGUCAUGACUCAAACUGGUGGUUACCGCCCAUUCAACCGUAUGGGUAUUGUUAAAGAUAGCACAUCUCCGCUGAUGAAGAUGAGUUUCGAAACAACAGUCCGCUUCCUUCGUGAUGCAGUUUUAGAAAGAGAUUGGGAUAACCUCAACGGCCCUAGCAGCAGAAUUGUUGUAGGUAGAGUCGGAACUGUUGGAACAGGCGCUUUUGAUGUACUUGCUCCUGUUGGAUAG